AAGGACAUCAACAGAGCGAAAGCAGAGAAAGAACACCAACUGUUCUCUGUUCUCCUCUGUUGCCCUCUUCCUCCCAUCGACGCUCUUCGUACCUCCAUGGAUUGAUCCGUACCAAUAGCAGCAGAAGGAAAUGGCGAAAGAUUCUCUUCUCAUCUCCCUCCUCCUUCUCUUCUCGUCCUUUGCCUCGCAGGCCGCCUACCUCCCCUCAGAUUCGAUCCUCCUCAAUUGUGGAUUUUCCUCGGAGGCCACCGACGCCGACGGCCGAAAAUGGCUGGCGGAUUCCACCUCCAAGUCCAGCCUCACCUCCAAGAACUCCGCCCCGGCCACCGCCCUCUACCAGGACCCGGCGCUCCCGUCCACCGUCCCCUACAUGUCCGCACGGGUCUUCAACUCGGAAUCCACCUACAAGUUCGCCGUUAACGGGUCCGAGCGCCACUGGGUGCGCCUCCACUUCUACCCGUCCGCCUACAAUGGCCUCCCCCCGGAGAACUCCUUCUUCUCCGUCUCGACUUCCGACGGCAUCACCCUCCUCAAGAACUUUAGCGCGUACAUCACCGCCAAGGCCCUCACGCAGGCCUACAUCGUCAAGGAGUUCUCCGUCCUGCCGACCUCCGCCGGAAGCAUAAGCCUCACCUUCACGCCGUCGGCCGACCACAACAGUUCCUUCGCUUUCGUCAACGGCAUCGAGAUCGUGUCGAUGCCGGAUAUCUACAGCGAGCCGGCGGAGCUGGUGGGUUUCUCGGAUCAGGCCGUCGAGGUUGGCAGCUCUGCGUUGCUGACGAUGUACAGGCUCAACGUGGGAGGGCAGUACUUGCCGGCUAGCAACGAUUCCGGCCUCAGCCGGACUUGGUACGACGACUCCCCCUACAUCUACGGUGCCGGCUUCGGCAUCACCACCUCGGCCAGCAACAAGCUCAAGAUAAGCUACCCGGAGGAGGGGACGGCGGAGUCCGCUGCCCCCACCGACGUCUACCGCACGGCGAGGUCGAUGGGCCCUGAUCCCAAGGUCAACAUGAACUACAACCUCACCUGGAUCUUCCAAGUCGACGCCAACUUCACCUACGUCGUCAGGCUCCAUUUCUGCGAGCUGCAGAUGACCAAGGUCAACCAGAGAGUGUUCGACAUCUUCGUCAACAACCAGACCGCGCAGGCUCAAGCGGACGUAAUCGCGUGGGCUUCUUCCAAGGCCGUGCCGGUGUACAAGGACUACGCGGUGUACGUCGCCGACGGCCCCGGCGACGAGCAGCUCUGGGUGGCGCUGCAUCCUUCGGCGGCGGCGAAGCCCGAGUACUACGACUCGGUGCUGAACGGAUUGGAGAUCUUUAAGCUCAAUGACAGUGCGGGGAACUUGGCAGGACCCAACCCCGAGCCUUCUUCCAUGCUCGCCGAAGCUGAGUCGGAGGAGGCGCAACGAAGCUUCUCGUCCGAGUCGAGCAGCAACGUGCACAUAAUAGGCAGCGCGGCGGGCGGAGUUGCGGCUGCCAGCGUCUUCUUUGCCAUCUGCGUCGUGGUGUAUCAGCGCAAGAAGAGGGUGGGCGGCAACGACUCGAGCGGCGGCUCCGGCUGGUUGCCCCUGUACGGCGGUACAUCGACCAGCAGCUCCACCAUCUCCGGCAAGAGCUCCGGGAGCAGCCACCUGUCGAACCUGGCGGCGAUGUGCCGCCACUUCUCCUUCGCGGAGAUCAAGAAGGCGACCAAGAACUUCGACGAGUCGCUGGUCAUCGGCGUGGGAGGGUUCGGGAAGGUGUACAAAGGCGUCGUCGACGAGGGGACCAAGGUGGCGAUCAAGAGGUCGAACCCGUCGUCGGAGCAGGGCGUGAACGAGUUCCAGACCGAGAUCGAGAUGCUGUCGAAGCUGAGGCACAAGCACCUGGUCUCCCUCAUCGGCUGCUGCGAAGAGAACGGCGAGAUGAUCCUGGUGUACGACUACAUGGCGCACGGCACGCUCAGGGAGCACCUCUACAAGAGCGGCAAGCCGCCAUUGUCGUGGAAACAGAGGCUGGAGAUCAGCAUCGGAGCGGCGAGGGGACUGCACUACCUCCACACCGGCGCCAAGUAUACCAUAAUCCACAGGGACGUGAAGACCACCAACAUCCUGGUCGACGAGAACUGGGUGGCCAAGGUGUCCGACUUCGGGCUGUCGAAGACCGGCCCCAUGGUGAACCAAACCCACGUGAGCACCAUGGUCAAGGGCAGCUUCGGCUACCUCGACCCGGAGUACUUUCGGCGACAGCAGCUGACGGAGAAAUCCGACGUCUACUCCUUCGGGGUCGUCCUGUUCGAGGUGCUGUGCGCGCGGCCGGCGCUGAACCCGAACCUUCCGAGGGAGCAGGUCAGCCUCGCCGACUGGGCGCUGCACUGCCAGAAGAAGGCGGUGCUCGCCGACAUCGUCGACCCGCUUCUGGAGGGAAAGAUCGGGCCCGAGUGCUUGAAGAAGUUCGCUGAGACGGCGGAGAAGUGCCUCCUGGAUCACGGGGUCGACCGGCCCUCCAUGGGCGACGUGCUAUGGAACCUCGAGUUCGCGCUGCAGCUGCAGGAAAGCUUCGAGAGCGGGAAGCCGGUGACGGAGGAGACGACGGAGAGGCCAGUGGCGGUCGGCAAUGGAAGCGUCGGCGGCGGGAGUGAGGUGAGCGAGGAGUCGGACAACAGUGCGGUGUUCUCUCAGCUCAUCAACCCGGUGGGGAGAUGAAGUCUCUGUCGAGCUAUUACCGCCGGUGAUUGAUUGGGGGAAGGACGGGGAGAAAUCAACUCGGUCUGCUGCCUUUAUUCAGACUACUACUUUUUCUUCCUCUAUAUUCCUUCAGAUCAAUCACCGGAAACUGUGCGAUUUGCUAGAAGAGUAGAAACCUCAACCGCGGAUCUUUCCAUCGUCAG